CGAGUUUCUUAGGGGGCCGGCCAUCUUGUGUGGGCAGCAAGCGAGCGCGGAGGGGGUGGGCCAGGGGCCUGGGCAGCAUCGGAGGAGGAUCCCACCGAGAGGGGCCCAUCAUGCCCGGACACCUGCAGGAAGGCUUCGGUUGCGUCGUCACCAACCGCUUUGACCAGCUCUUGGACGACGAAUCCGACCCCUUCGAGGUGCUCCAGGCGGCCGAGAGCCGCAAGAAAGAGAGCGGCGGCGGAGGGGGAGGCGGCGGCGGAGGGGGCCAUCAGGGCGGCCGCGGCAGUGGCGGCGGCGGCCCGGCGGCCCAGGCCAACUCCUCAAGCGGCGGGUCGGGCCAGCCCGGCUCCGGGAGCGGCAGCGCGGCUAAGCAGCUGCGCAGGGAGUCGCAGAAGGAGCGCAAAAACCCUCUGCCGCCCUUCGCCUCCUCCUCCUCCUCCUCUGGGCCUGGCGGCGCGGGCGACCGAAGAGAGGAUGGCGGCGGCGGCGGGCAGCCUGGCUCCGCGCCCCUCAGGAAGGAAGGGAUAAGGCGAAUUGGCAGAAGGCCUGAUCAACAGCAGCCUCAGGGAGAAGGCAAGCCUAUUGAGAGGAGGCAAGAGAGACGGCCUCCUCGUGAACGCAGGUUUGACAAACCUGCUGAAGAAAAGGGUGAAGGAGGAGAAUUUUCUGUUGAUAAACCCAUUAUUGAUCGUCCUAUGCGUGGCCGUGGUGGACCAGGUGGAAGAGGGGGCCGUGGUGGCAGAGGACGUGGAAUGGGCAGAGGAGAUGGUUUUGACUCCCGAGGCAAACGUGAAUUUGAUAGGCAUAGUGGAAGCGACAGAUCUUCUCUUUCACAUUCACAUUUCAGUGGUCUAAAGCAUGAGGACAAGCGUGGUGGAAGUGGAUCGCACAACUGGGGAACUGUCAAAGAUGAGCUAACUGAUUUGGAUCAAUCAAAUGCGACAGAGGAAACACCAGAGGGGGAGGAGCAUCCACCUGCAGACUCAGAGAAUAAAGAGAAUGAAGUAGAAGAAGUCAAGGAAGAAGGUCCUAAGGAAAUGACUCUGGAUGAAUGGAAAGCUAUUCAAAAUAAAGAUCGUGCAAAAGUUGAAUUCAACAUCCGUAAACCAAAUGAAGGUGCUGAUGGACAAUGGAAAAAAGGUUUUGUUCUUCAUAAGUCAAAGAGUGAGGAGACAAAGGGGGUGACAGAGAUGCAAGGGAGUCAGAUGGAAUCCAAUGAGUCUCAUGCUGAAGACUCUGCAAUGGAUCAUCACUUCCGCAAGCCAGCAAAUGAUAUCACAUCUCAGCUGGAAAUCAAUUUUGGAGAUCUUGGUCGUCCUGGGCGUGGUGGCAGAGGUGGAAGAGGAGGACGUGGACGCGGGGGGAGAGCUAAUCGUGGAAGCAGAACUGACAAGUUGGUUAAGGAGUUUGAUGUGAUCCACACACCCAGCCAGUCAAGUGCUUCUGCUCCUGAUGUUGAUGACCCAGAAGCUUUCCCAGCUCUGUCCUAAACUGGAUGCCCUAAGCCAACCCUGCCCCUUGUUGGGCCCUCCUCUACAAGGCUUGCAUGCUUAAGGAUCCUAAAAACAACUUAAGAAAUUAAAAAGGGGACUUUCAUUCAUACCAUUCACACCUGAAGACUGAAUUUUACCUGUUUUGAAAAUGAACUUCUCUUGCUACACAGAAGCAACAAUAUGGUAGUCAGUUUUGUAUUUAGAAAUGUAAUGGUAGCAGGGAUGUUUUCAUAAUUUUUUUCAGAAAUUAUGCAUUCUUCAUGGAUACUUUUUUGUAUUGCUGCUUGAAAAUAUGCGUUUCCAAACUUGAAAUAUAGGUGUGAACAGUGUGUACCAGUUAAAGCUUUCACUUCAUUUGUUUUUAUUUUUUUAAGUUAGGUUUUUAGAUGUUUCCCCCCGAACUACAAACAAUUUAACUCUUGCACACUCUUUUAAUACUGCUUAGCAGAUUGUUUUCAGUCCACAGUCAGCUGGGAUAUGUACAAAAAUAAUUUGGAAAAUUGUUAGUACUGUGUGGAAUACUAACUUCUGAAGUAUUUUAAGUUUUUAAUACUUAAAUUCAAACUUGGAAAAGUCAAUUUUCUUCUAUCUUUGGUAGUUUGUGUAUUCAAAGUCUUUAUACAAAAUUGAUAUCAGAUACUUGAAAAAUAGUCAAAGCACAUUGGUUUUUACUCAAAUACCUUCUUAUGAAUCCAGCAGCUCUGUUUGGAUAAUUGGUCUAAGCCAUUUAAAAAAACCUCGGUGUUACACCUCUCAUAUACAUCUCUUUAAUCUUACUCCCUUUUUUUCUUCAACAAAGCUAGUUGUUUGUUUGGUAAACUUUGUUUAAACUUGUUAAUAUUGUUGCUACCAAAAAUACUUUGUAGACUGGAGCAACUUUUUUUUUCAAAACAUGGGAGGUUGGGGAGCGGCAUCUGUUUCUAAUACAGUUCGUUUAAACUACAUUUGGUAUUUGUCUGGCAGUGCAGUAUAUCUACACAAAAAAUGCACAUAUACUGGAUGCAUUCAGACACUUCCAUUAGAUGCAACCCUGGGCCUAAAGAAGAAACCAAAGGGCACUGUGUGCUACUUGGGAGGAGGAUUGCUUGACUUGUGUAAGUUGGAGAACAAAGAGCAUCAAAGUGGGACGGCUGUGGUCUCCGUGGGACAGAAACCAAAACCUCUCCACCUAAUUGAAAUGUGGAUUUUUGCUCUUACUGCUUCAGCUCCUGGUCUUCUGCUAGCUGACAAGUAAAUGUUUUAUUUUCAGAGGGCGAUUGUAAGAAGUUCUCCUUCCACUGUAGAAUUUUCUUAAUAGUUUAACAUAAUCCAUGUGAACAGGAAUGUUACCACUUUCAAAACACAAAAGGACUUGAACAGCAAAUAAUAAAAAGGACUACUUAGGCUUUUUGUCUGCAACUUUUGUUAGGAGGCUAGAGCAGGAAAUAACCCAUCUUUUUAAGGUUUCGACACUUUGAGGAGUGUGUAGCAUUCAUGGGUUUCUUAGAUAGAAAGCUUAAUGGUGAUGCCCUUUUUUUUUAAAGCUACAGGAUGGGCAACAGUAUUGGGCAGCUGAAUAUAAACUCAACGAUUGCAGUGAUCAGUUGGCUUGCAUUAUCUGAAUGAUUUUUUAAUGAACAUUUGUUUACAUAAGCAAAGGUUACUGUAUUUUAUUGGACUUCUGGUACACUCAAAUUCAGUAUUGCAGCCAGGAAGAAGAGGAAAGAUCACAUUUUUAACUGUAUGAAAUCAAUUUUGCCCCUAGGAGGGUGGUGUUAAAAAUGCUAAGCAUUCUUUCAAAGUUUUCUAGGUGCUUAGCAUGGAAAUAUACCAUUUUGGAGGUAGUCAAAUUUCUUGCGUCAACAGGUACAUAGGUUUUCAGUAGUUCUUUGUUCCCUGCCCCUCCUCAUCUCAUUGUUCAGAAUAUGUUGGAAAAUAGUGGAUGUUGUCUGUAUCCUUAAAGAGCAUUUUCAUAUAACCACUGUGCAAGUAUUAUGGUCCCCAAAGACAUGCUAACUGAAUAGGUUUUUUUGCUGUUCUUUAUAUUCCCCCCUUCCCUUUUCCAGGCUAAUAAUGACUUCCCACCCCCAAACCAUAGCCCUUUUAUACCUGUUAUUCCUGAAAGCCACUCAUGCCAGGCCAUGCCAAUUUGAUACUCGACACAUGCUUUCUUCAUCUUAUAGCAUAUAUGUAAUAUAGAACAGGCAUAGGAAGGCUUCUUAAAGACAACCGAUUUGCUGUUCUUUUAAUAGCUGUAUUCUUAAUUUGUGUCAAGCUGUGAAAUUUUUUCUCUUAAUAUUGGUGUGUGUUAAAUACAGGUUUAUUUUCAUGCUCUUUUAUAAAAACUUAAGGGAAGGUAGACAUUCUGAAUGCCUCUAAUGUCAGGCAUCUUACCUGAUUUCUGCCCUACAAGCCCCUAAAUCUUUUCCCCACAGGAUGGUGCCCUUGUAGCAGGUUUGGCAAAAUACCUACCUGUAUGUUCUAGUAUUAGCUAUUAACGAAUUUGACCUCAUUUUCUCCUGCUUGCUUAUCCUGCUGUUGCACCACUGCAUUUAGGGGUGAUGCCUCUCUUAAAAAAUAUGGGUCAGUUGAAUAUCAAUUGAUUGGCUUAUUUUAAUGUUUGAGCAUGAAAGUUCAUCUUGCUUCAACUGACAGGCAGAAAAGUUAACCAAAUUAGUAAAAGGGAAAAAGAAAAAGAGCACAAGACCUAAGGUGACCCUAAGGAUCAAAACUAUGUCUGUUGUGAAUAUACAUCGUCUUUCUGUUGGAUGGGUGCAACAUCUAAUGGUUGAUUACAUCUUGCCCGAUGAGAUUCACUUGCAUACCAUACCUGUUGACUUAAUAAAAGCAGGACUGAUGCUUCUGGCUGUCUUGAGUGCUCAGAGUAUAGAUAUGCAUUCACCUUCAGCUGAAUACUAGUUGGGGUGUGAACUGAAAUAAUAAAAUAAAUUGUAGUAAGGCAGCUGCCUUUUUGCAGGUUUGUGUGAUCUUGGAAAAUGCACAGAUCACAGUAUGGUGACUGUUUAUUGUUGCUUUUCAGCAGACAUGAGCAGGACAUCUAUCCUAAUUCACAGAAGGUUUGCGGUGCACUGAAGAGAAAUGUUGGCUACCCAGGGUCCUGCACUUCCUCUCUACGCAAUCCAGUUGAAGCUUUAGAAAAGACACUAAGGGCUAUGUAGAUUUGGGGAGGGGGGAGCAGCUCCAAAAGGGGAUGCAUUGGUUGUCUUCACUCUUAGAAUAAGCAUUAUUUCACUACUUGCCUGUGAUUUCAGGUUCAUUGCGUUUGCCACUGCUUCCACCAGUUUAGGCUUUUAUAUCGUAAUUGUAUCUGUAAACACUUGGCCUUGGAUCAGUUUUGCAAUUUGUUGUAAGCUUUGGGGGGGGGGUGUCUUGAGACUUGGCAAUACAUAAGGGAAGGCGUAAACAGAAACAAGUUAAAGAAUACUGGAUAACUUUUGAGCUCUGUUUACAUCUCAAACACACAGAGUGCAGAAGGGGUCAAAGAACCGUUUAGAAAUACAAUCUGUCAGCUCUUGCUGCCUUCUGGAGAGCUGUUAAAUAUGCAAAACUUGUUUUUUGGAUUAAAAAACUAAAGUUGGGAGGAUGCAAAUAAGAGUUAAAAGUCAAGCUUUUUUUUCCUUUUUAGCGAGCUAACUCAUAAUAAGUUCCUUGGUUGAAAAUCAGAAGUGGAGCUAGUAUAAUAUUGCAGCCGCCACCUGUUUGAUUCUUAAGUGUGUGGGAACAGGCUCUGGUUGCUUGGCAAGCAGAAGGAAAGAGUACUUUGCAGAUGCUUAGAGGUGUUUUUUCCCCUAGUUCCAUAUAUUAGAACUCAAGUCCUGGUUAAGAAAAACAAACUUGUUUGUUUCUAAAGCCUUAAAUUUUUCGAGCACUUGUGCAUUAAACACUAACGAGUGACGACCUCUCUCUCUUUUUUUGUAAAUUGUGCAUUGCUGUAUAUUGUUACAUUUGGUUGUAUGAACUAUAUUUCAGCUUGUCUUUAAAAUUUUCUGUACUUGGA